GGACGGGACCACAUUCCAAUGCGAUUCAUAGCAGAAGACGCAGCAGCACCAGCAGCAAUCGACGGCUACCACCUAUAAGAUUGCCAUCUCUGUCACUGCCUAUACAUGCACUUCUGCUGAACACCUGGUGCACCGGCCGAGCUACCCACACAUAACAGAGCAAAGAUUGUCGACGGCUCCAGCAGUGUAGUUAUGUGCCGUACAACGCGCAGACAGCAUCCAGAAAUGUCUCCUCAACAACAAAAGAUUUCUUCUUACGCCAACCGCUUAAACAACUUGAAACAAGUGCUAAAACCGUACCGAGACAACAACGCCAAUUGUCUGCGGGUCAUCACCAGAUCAGCCAGAGUGAAUCUUAACAAGCACUGGAAGAGUCUGGAAAACUUAUUUACAACCAGUCACGACGGACGCAAGGAACGUGCCCAGAACGUGGCAAACGAACGGCUGCAAGAGAACAUUGAAAACACAGGACCCACCAUGGUCAACUUGACCUCGGACACGGUUGAGAGGUUAAGAAAUAUUCACGUAGAUCGUUAAGCACCGCUUUAUUGUGGGUAAUAAACUAGAAAAAAGGAGAAGAUAAAAACCUAAUGUCUUUCAUUAUUUUAUUUCGGAUAAAUGUUAAUACGUAUUGUACAUAAUUUUGCACUUAAUAAUUUUUUUUAAUUUUCAUUAUAAUCUAACACGCACCAUAUUAACUGCACAAUUAUUUGCACCAAUUCGCACUAGUUACCAUUGGCACGUUUGCACUUACACUUUUAUAUUCACAAUUUAUCACUAAAAAUCACUUGUUGCACUCGUUUUAGACGCACUUUGCACAUUUUAGAUUUUAAUAGAAUUAUAGAGUAUUAGAUCAAAAAUAUAAACUAAUUUGUUUGACGACACACAUGCACAUAAAUUGGUCGCCAGUAAUUAAAAUAUCAUCUGAAAAGAUUUUAUAAUUUUAUUAUGUUUAUUAAAUAAGAUUUAACUAAGUUUAAUCAAAUAGGGUUUUAAAUGACAAUCAUAAUGUCUUCCAAUAUAUACUAAUAGAUUUAUUAUUAUUAUUAACGUAGAGAUAAUAUAUUUUUUAAAUAUCUGUGAUCUAUAUUGUAUAGUUAUUUUUUUAGAAUAAGGCAUGUAGCUAAUAUAUAUUAAUAUAUCGUGAUAUGUGUGUAUAUUUUCGUUUUUAUAGAAUUUAGCUCAAUAAUAAAUAUAUUCCAUCCACCAAAAUUAAUUAUAAAAUAAUGAUAAAGCCUAUGAAAUAUAUUAUUAUUUUAAUAUUAGAAUUAACAAAAUAGAAGACUAUUGUAAUAAUUUGCUCAAUUUUAUGAAAUAAUAUUUGUAAUAAUCUCUUAAUUUAUAAUUUGU